UCUUGAAGGGUACAUUUCUAACAAAGAUAGCUACCCUCCUACUAUUAAUGAAAGAAAAAAGAAAUUGACCAAUGCACUUAUGUUUAAGGCUAAAGUGCUCCCUGUCAUUUACUGUAAGUGUUUCUCCUGCAACAGGACCAAAUCAAUACACUCUUUGCUUUUCCAGUCAAAAAAACAGUUUAUCCGUACCUUUAUCUGGUGUCCAUGACCUUUAAAAACAUCUCUAACAUAAUCCACAUGGUUAUUCAUUGACCAGAUGGUCUUUAUAUUGGUGUUUUGCAUAGAAAUUUCACACAGCUGAUGAGUUUGCUGCCAAAAUGACAAGAACAGUCAUACUCCUUUACUUCUUUUUGGCAGUCUGUCCUCUCUCUGAUGGCAGUCCCCUCAACUGUCCUUCUCCAUUUCUGAAUCAGAGUGCACACCUGGGAUCAGGGAAACUUUGUGCAACAUUGCAACUGCAGACCAAGUUGCCCUGCCUCAAUGUAAAUCUGUCAGUGAGUGAAAAUGUGCCGCUGAAUCCUGAAAAAUGGCAUCUGGAGAGUUUGUCACUGAAGGUGGAACAAACCUGCAGUUUCAUGGUGUUUCAACAAGACAAAGAAAGGCAACAUUUUCCUGGAGGAUUCUAUUCAAACAUUACUAUAAAUUCCAUCGAUACACAGUCAGAAUUGGUGUGUGUUUGCACAAAGUUGCAAAUCAGACAAAGACGUGCUUCAUUUCAAGAUUUUGAUAUGAGGCAUUUAUUGGACAAUCCCCAACCUCCGUCUGAUAACAACUAUUGGCAGAAAGUGUGGGAAUCUGCAAUGAAUUAUAGAAAGAAUCAUGUAAAGAACCCCCAAAAUUUUAAACCACCAAAGACACAAUCCUUUAUGAAAAGAGAAUAUUUCAGUGAAAACUACAAAUCUGAACCCAGAUUUCAAAUUAAAGCUUCUAAUAACAGGAUUUUAUACAGAAGCGAAUUCCAAAUGGACAUUUAUGAUGUCAAAUUAAUAAAUGGUGUACUAAAUGUUGAAAAAAGAUAUGAUUAUGUUGUAGUUGCUCUUGACAACAAUGGUAAGCCAAUUCAUUAUGAACCAGUCACAGAUUAUAUUCGUGAACAGUUUCCAAAAAACACUGUGUCUGAAAAUGUGGAAACUAGAGAAAUUCUUUCAACAGAAAAACAAAUUGAUGCAUCUAAAGUAUCCAUAGGAGAAGUCAUGAAUGAGAUAAUAGAUGGCACAGCUCUGAACGGAGGUGGAGUGAUUGCGGGUGGAGUGAUUGCGGGUGGAGUGAUUGCGAGUGUAGUGAUUGCGAGUGGGGGUGGAGCGACUGCAGGUGCGGGUGGAGUGGGUGCGGGUGGAGUGGGUGCGGGUGCGGGUGGAGUGAGUGCGGGUGGAGUGGGUGCGGGUGCGGGUGGAGUGGGUGAGGGUGCAGGUGGAGUGGGUGCGGGUGCGGGUGGAGUGGGUGCGGGUGCGGGUGGAGUGGGUGCGGGUGCGGGUGGAGUGGGUGAGGGUGCGGGUGGAGUGGGUGCGGGUGCGGGUGGAGUGGGUGCGGGUUCGGGUGGAGUGGGUGCGGGUGCGGGUGGAGUGGGUGCGGGUGGAGUGGGUGAGGGUGUGGGUGCGGGUGGAGUGGGUGCGGGUGGAGUGGGUGCGGGUGGAGUGGGUGCGGGUGUGGGUGCAGGUGGAGUGAUUGCGGGUGUGGGUGUGGGUGCGGGUGUGAGUGCGGCUGUGAGUGUAGUGGAUGUGUCUGAGAGUGCGGCUGUGAGUGUAGUGGAUGUGUCUGAGAGUGCAGCUGUGAGUGGAGUGGGUGCGGGUGUGCGGGUGUGCGGGUGUCAGCCAUGA